CCCACCUUGUUUCGGUCACGUGAAACGAUUACGAAAAUGGUGGAAGUUAGUUUCUUGAAGUGAAUCUGCUGAAGAACCGACAGACAGGAGACAUUGGGAAAGUUGCGAUAAGGUCACAUCUUGAAGUUGUUCUGGCAUUGGAUUUGGGUAGCCAGCCCAGCCCUAUGUCAUGGCCUCCAGUGUUGCUAAGCCAGGCCCUGGGAAUGGCUACCCCAUGAAGGCGCAACUCCAAAUAAUGGUGCUUUCAGCAAAACUGAAAGAGAACAAGAAGAACUGGUUUGGCCCCAGUCCAUAUGUUGAAGUUGCAGUUGAUGGCCAAUCCAAGAAGACCGAGAAAUGCAGCAACACUCACAGUCCCAAAUGGAAGCAGCCGCUCACUGUAAUCGUCACUCCUUUUAGCAAGCUCAUCUUCCGGGUAUGGAGUCAUCAGACAUUGAAGUCGGACGUGUUGUUAGGCGUGGCAACUCUGGAGGUCAGCGAAACACUCCAAUCCAACAACAUGAAUAUCUCUGAGGUGGUGCAGACGCUGCAGUUGAGUACAGAUCGAGACCAGACAGAUGUGGUAGGGGACCUGUCUGUCUGUCUGGAUGGCAUGCAAGUUGACCCAGAGAUGUUUGCCUCUGCCGCUGAGGCCAACAGCCAAAGUACUUCAAAUGGUGACUCUCAACACAAUGAGGAUCAUGGUGUGAGGCGGAGUAGAGACAGCUCUCCUUCAGUAGAUGGUUUGGAGCACAGAGCUUCCCCAAAUGGUCGUGCAGUCACCAUAAACGGCACAGGCUCUCGCACUGGGUCUCCUGCUCUGUCAGCAGGGGGCUCCAGAGGGAACCCCCUACGGCCCCCCAGGCCCUCCCGACCUCCACCACCCACCCCGCGCAGACCAGCCUCAUCUCCAGCAUUCUCUAAUGGCUCCACAACCGCUGAAGGAAGCGAUGGCCCGAGAACGGAGACCCCGGUCCGUUUGCCUGCACCUGCUGUUCCGGUCCCCGAACCCAACGCCCCACCCCCCACACAUGACCAGAGCCAAGCGAUGGCCGCCAGACAAGCAGGCAGUCCCGCCCUAGGCCUCCCUAGGGUCCCUGCUGUCUCUGCUGGCCCACUGCCUCCGGGAUGGGAGCAGAGGGUGGAUCAGAGUGGAAGGCUGUAUUUCGUUGAUCAUGUGGAAAAGAGGACCUCGUGGGAGCGGCCUGAGCCUCUACCUCCUGGAUGGGAGCGACGUGUGGAUCCCAUGGGCAGGGUCUACUUUGUGGACCACAUCACGAGAACGACCACCUGGCAACGGCCCACCAUGGAGACCGUACGGAACUAUGAACAGUGGCAGCACCAACGCAGCCAGCUGCAGGGGGCCAUGCAGCAGUUCAACCAGCGCUUCAUAUUUGGGGUCCAGGAUCAGGCUGCAGCCCCUGAGAAUAAGCAGUUUGAUCCCCUGGGUCCGCUGCCACAUGGAUGGGAAAAAAGAACCGACAGUAACGGGAGAGUGUACUUUGUCCAACACACCACACGGACAACACAGUGGGAGGACCCUCGCACUCAGGGGCAGCUCAAUGAGAAGCCUCUUCCAGAGGGCUGGGAGAUGAGGUUCACUGUUGACGGCAUCCCGUACUUUGUGGACCACAAUAGGAGAGCUACCACGUACAUUGACCCUCGCACUGGAAAAUCCUCACUUGAAAAUGGGCCCCAGAUUACUUACGUUCGUGACUUUAAAGCCAAAGUCCAGUACUUCAGAUUUUGGUGCCAGCAAUUGUCACUGCCUCAGCACAUAAAGAUCACUGUCACCCGCAAAACCCUGUUUGAGGACUCAUUCCAGCAAAUAAUGAGCUUCAAUGCCCAGGACCUCCGCAGGAGGCUCUGGAUCAUAUUCCCUGGUGAAGAAGGCCUUGAUUAUGGAGGAGUCGCAAGGGAGUGGUUUUUCCUGUUGUCCCAUGAGGUGUUGAACCCCAUGUACUGUUUGUUUGAGUAUGCUGGGAAGGACAACUACUGCCUGCAGAUCAACCCUGCUUCAUACAUAAACCCAGACCAUCUCAAAUACUUCAAGUUCAUUGGACGCUUCAUUGCAAUGGCUCUUUUCCACGGGAAAUUCAUUGACACAGGCUUCUCACUGCCGUUCUACAAGCGCAUGCUGAACAAGCCGUUGGCACUGAAGGAUCUAGAGUCCAUUGAUCCAGAAUUCUACAAUUCUCUCAUUUGGAUUAAGGAGAACAACAUUGAGGAGUGUGGACUGGAGAUGUACUUCUCUGUGGACAAGGAGAUUCUGGGUGAAAUCACAACUCAUGAGCUCAAGGCAGAUGGAGGCGAGGUCUUGGUCACAGAGGAGAACAAGGAGGAGUAUAUCAGGCUUGUAGCAGAGUGGAGGCUGUCUCGGGGCGUGGAGGAGCAGACCCAGGCCUUCUUUGAGGGCUUCAACGAGGUCCUCCCACAGCAGUAUCUGCAGUACUUUGAUGCUAAAGAACUGGAGGUUAUGCUCUGUGGGAUGCAGGAUAUUGACCUUGCCGACUGGCAGAGGAACACCAUCUACAGACACUAUGCACGCACCAGCAAGCAGGUCACCUGGUUCUGGCAGCUCAUCAAAGAGAUGGACAAUGAGAAGCGGAUGAGGCUCCUCCAGUUUGUCACCGGCACAUGUCGCCUUCCUGUUGGUGGCUUUGCUGACCUGUUGGGAAGUAAUGGCCCACAGAAGUUCUGCAUCGAGAAGGUGGGGAAGGAGAACUGGCUACCUAGAAGUCACACUUGCUUCAAUCGACUGGACCUGCCUCCCUACAAAAGCUAUGAGCAACUGAAGGAGAAAUUGAUGUUUGCGAUUGAAGAGACUGAGGGAUUUGGGCAGGAGUAAUCUAGCAACAGGUUCAUAGACACAGUAGUUUGGUCUUUGCUGAACAGUGUUUAAAGCCAGGGAGCCUCUUGAAGGUCGGCAUGCUUGUGUGCGCGCAGUUGAAGGAAGAGAGAAUCUGCUGUUAAAGACUGGAAGCCUACUGGAGCUGGAUAUUCCCCAGAGAAAACUGCUCCUACCUGAGAAUGUCCCCCACAUCAUGCAUGAAAGCUGGAAACGCACUGUCAAUAAUAUAUUAUAUAUGGGACAAAGAUAUCAGCGGCAUUGGUUCCAUCCUUCAAAUGACCCACCACGACUUCUGACUUCUGUCUAACUAACAUUGACUCCGGAAGAUUUUUAAUAAAUGUAAAAGAAAGUGAUCUCUGAUCUGGCAACAGCCAGUUAUAGCAGGUGCACUGAUCUGAACUUCCUUGAAAUAUAACCGUUCUUCUGUUCAAGGCUUCUUAGCAUUUAUCUGUGAAUCAAUAAAGUAUUGCAAGGGACAACAUUAGUCCUUUGAUUUGUAAUGGAAUGAGUACAUGGGUGUGGCUCCACUAUGACCCUAGUUUUAUAGGGCAUUGUGACAUGAUCAUUUUCUAUAUAUUCUUUUUUUUUUUUUUUUUGUAGUUUAGGGAUUGUGUGAAGUGUAAGUCAAAUAUUGCCUCAAUGUUUUGGGUGAUAUGAGAUUUUAGCACAUUCUGUGCUGAGGCUGUGCCUGAUGAGACUAGCUAUACCUUUAAGCUUUUAAUAGAUUUUUAACAUAGUAAUUUAUCCAUUUUAUAUCAAUUGCAAUGUUUUUCUGGCUGCGGCAAAUGCAUGGGAAUUUUGUGGGAUUUAUUUUUAAAUAUAUAGUUUUCUGGGUAGACUGAAUGGACAUCCCAGGGAAGUGUGUGUGUGUGUAAAUAUAAUUUGUUACAUAGCAAAUAAAGUCAGCUUUAUUUUUUUCUCUCCAGAUUUAUCCUUCAGCAAUUUAAAUGCUCUGCUUGUACAUGAAAUUGUUGUAAAUUGUGUUAAUACAUUUUCUUUUAUAAAAAAAGCUUUUAGUAAUAAGAGGUAUGGUAAUGCAUUUUUAAAAGACUUUCUUGAUUUAAAUGUACAUUAUCAAUGUGUAAAUUUUAUGUUAAGUUGAAUAAAUCUAAUUUAAAGUUU